ACUUGACGACUUCCUCCUCAGGUGAACUUUAGACGAGGAGAUAUUCCAAGCUUGUAGUUUCUCGCGAAAUACUAAAACCUGCUCAAAUCGCUGCUGCUCCAAAUGAACGCUGCGUAGAUUGGCUCACGCCAGGCUGCACCCAACCAUCGCGUAUCGAGACAACACCUCCAUUGUCCGUCCCUUCAUCAAUCUCCGUCUUCUCUGGCGCGUCUGAUUAUUUCGGAAUGUCAUCUACUCAGUUCACAACCCUCAUUCGACUUCCGUUCGCCCGAGGAAACUUCGAAGACCCUCCUCAGGCGCAAUGGGAUGCGGAGAAAGACCGUCAGCUAUGGAAAGUCAUCUCGAAAUCGUCAAAGACGAGUGAUCUGAACUGGGUCGAGUUAGCUACCAAGUUUCAAGUCCCACCCACAUUUCUUCUUCAACAGGCAGCCUGGCUCUAUGAGCGCCAUCUUGACCAUGUGCGAGACCAGAUGAAGAGAGUCAGCAUUUCAAAUGCGGCUCCGUCUCCAACUCCAACCGGCGGGAGCACUGUAACUGCCAUCGGUGGUGUCGCCAUGCUACGGACCGGAAGUGGUGGUUCGGGAGCUCCGAGGACAACAUCUGCGUUAUCUGGGCGACCAAGAGACAGUCCUGGCUUGCGAGGGGGAGAGACGAUAACAUCUGCUCCUCCGCUCUCUAGGACACCUUCGACAAACACAAUUACACAAUCUCGGACAAACACUCAGCAAGCGCCCGCCCGGACACAAUCUACCCGUUCAAAUCAGCGACCAAGUCUGACAAGUCCGAAGCCUGAAGAGCGACAGUCUUCUUCGACCGCACCUCCACCCAACUAUCGAAGAGAUCAAUUGGAGUCUCCGGACAUCCCAGCUUCACCAUCUUCAAGCUCAUCUUCUUUGUCGGAUACUGAUCACCCAGCUCACCGAAGCCAACUGUUCAAGCGACCACCGCGGUUCAAGCAACAACGACCGCGAGAAUUGUCGACUUUCGACGAGGGUGACGGAACGCAGGAGAUUGAAGACUCGGGUUCACAUGGAGUUCCAAGCUUACCCUUCGCGUCCGCAGCAAGGCGGCAACCAAGUAGUAGCAAGUAUGCCCAAGACACUCUCUUUCGCACCAGCUCGAAACCGGAACAGAAAGUCCUCCAGUCAGACCGCACGAGAAAUGCGCCGCCUAUUAGACAAAAGUCAAUUGAUCAACAAUCGCAGGCGACAAUAGAGACGGCAUCUUCAAUGACAAGCUCUGCGUCUGCCAGUGAUGCUCCAACAGGUCCUAGAUCAACCGACCAAGCCCCAAUGAGUCCAUCUUUAAACCAUCGUGCUGAACUGGGGAGGCUCGGUAGCCCGAGACAGCAGGGUCCCCGAUCAAGGAGGGAGGGUAGCGAGGGGACUCCGAGCAUGGGGAGCAGUUUCAGCGACAUUGACGAUGCAGGUAUCAGCCAGUCGGCCCUCGAAGAAGCAUUGCUCAGCAACAUGCAGCAUGGGAGGAUGAUGACCGUAAAGUACCUCCUCGGCGCCAACGAACUCGACUUCAAAACCAUCUACACGCAAAUCAAAAGCCUACUCACACAUCCCGCAUGCGACCACCUCCUCGGCGAAAGAAGCUGGCCCUGCCCCGGCUGCGAGCAAGUCUUCCUGCACGCAUACUGGUCCUCAGCCGCCCACCUGCUCGACUACUUCGCCGACUUCUUCGCGGCCGAUACGCCGCUCAUGCAAAGCAUAUGGUUCCACCUCCUAGACGUGUGGCAGGAAGCCAGCACAUGGCUACCGUCCGACACCACAACCGAGACCUUCAUGCGGGACCGUCGCAUCUACCGCGCGAAGCGCCGGGGCCUGUUCUGGAUGCAUGUCCACGAGACGAUCGCGCUGUUCGAGACGACGAUCAGCGGCGCAAAAGUCAAGGUCUUGCCGCGUGAUACGUUUAUUUACACCCCCUCGGGUCGAGCGGAGAGCCCGGCGGGCGAGUACGAGACGGGGCCGUGGAUAUCGGGGCUCAAGCCGUGGCAGCAGUUUCUAUGUGAAGACUCGCCGGGCGUUGCGGCGCCUUGUGCCUCCCCCGUUUUAGAUGGAGUAGAACCGCAGAGCGUAGAGCGGGUCCGCUACAUCCCCAUGCCGGCUAUCGGCAUCGUGAAAAAGCACACUGCACGCACCCGCUCCCUCGCUGGCAAACUAGCCGCAGCACAAGGCCCGGACACAUCUGUCAUCGUAGAGGCACUCAAUACCUUUGACCAGCACGCUCUCGGUUUCCCUACUACACAGUGUGUACACGCGUACACGAGUCUCACAGGCCAGGCGGUGAGAUACAAGCUUACCAACGGUGCCCCGCUGAUUAGUCGGUACCCUGGGCUGGGCGAUCCGAGUAUGCUGGUGAGUAGUCCGACAUGGACGCUGUUGGAUGAGUGUGUGGGUGUGUGCAAGGGCGUGGAGGCUUAUGAGCCGCAGGCUGGUGGCGAUGAUGAGGAUGAAGAUGAGGAUGAGGACGAGGACGAGUAUGAAGAAGAGGUGUUUGAUAUGUGGACUGUGUUUGAGAGUGCGCCAGUUGAGGGGGAACGAGGGAGUGAGCUGGUGCUUGGAGAAAUGUUUGACGAGUGGUGCGGUGAUGAUGCGUUCUGA